GCCACGGUACUGCUGGAUACCACACAAAAAGAUGAGGACCAGCAGUCGGAAGAGCUGACCCGAAUGAUAUACCUGGAGAAAUGGGAUGACUAUUAGACUUGUUGCAACGCUGCAACCAAAAUAUAGUUCGAAAACCUACAGACCUAUACAAACAAUUACAGUCCAAUCCAUCGAUCGCUCAAAGUAGCAUCAUGAAUACAGACUCUGAUGACCAGAUUCCUACCUGGUCUGAAAUUACUAGAAGAGGGCUGGCAGUCCCACUACCAUCGGUUAUGAUGAGAGCUGCUGUUGGCAUCAAUAGGACUUUCGCGUCAAUCAAAACAGAGAUCGUGUACGAAGUUGAAGCAUUCACGAACACUCAAGGAUCCCAAAGAGCUGCCGGAAUACUGAAAAGAGCCUUAAACCCAGAUGCAGCGCUAUUUGCAGUUCCCAAGAGCAUUCUCAAUACAGACUUGGUAGUGGAAGAAAUUGUUAAACAAGCUGGAGAAAUAGCGGGCUUCGCGAACCUUGGGUUAUACCGCAAAGACAAGUCUACAAUCCCAAUACAUGACUUACACACUAAAAAUAUUGUUGAAGGCUUUCAAUAUUUCUGGAACAAAAAAACCCCCUUAAAAACAAUCCCACAACUAUGAUAAUACUAAGUAUGGCAAUCUCGACAGUCUGGAA